AUGCCCGCAACUCGCUCAUCAGGCCGAAACACUCGAUCUUCUUCUUCACUAAAAUCAUCAACUACCAAACAAAAUUCAAACUCCAAGAAGAGAAAAGCAUCCAGAUCUUCUCCAACCAAGAAAAACUCGUCUAGAAAACGAUCCCAUGUUAACCAGGAGCAAGAUGAUGAUGAAGAAGAAGAACCGGAAGAGGAAGAUGAACCGGAAGAAGAACAACCAGACCCAGAACAAGACCAACCGGACCAGGAAGAAGAGCAAGAAGAAGAACAGGAGGAAGAAGAGAGUAUCAAUUUAACAUUGGAAAACUUCCAAACUCAAUUAGGAUCUUGGUCGAUUAACAAACUUUGUGAGGUUCUAGGAAAGAGAAAAAAAUCCUGUUCCAAUCGAGUUCCACCCGAGGUUCAAGACGCCCUGUUGUUGCUCCAGCAGAAUUACAUCAAGAGCAAACUCAUGCUUUCUAUAAUAGGAAAUAUUAGUGAAACAACCACUGCAAAGUAUCUUGGUGAGAACAAACCCCCGCUCCCUCCAAAAGGUGUGUCCAUAGGAUGGGAGGAAAGAAAUAAGAUCUUGGGUGAAGCCUGGAUGGAGCUAUCCGCCAUAGAAAAGGAAGUUUUCAGUCCCCCAAUCUUUCAGUUCUUCUCUAAAAUUCCAUGUUCUUACGACAGCAACGAUGACGACAAAGAUGAAUUAGCCGAAAUCACCCUUACUCAAGAGGAGGAGGAACUCUACCGACCCCUUUACCAUCAACUGGUCAAUCAUGAGAAGGUUAAAAUGUUUGUCUCUGAGGGACCGAUAUCCCAAAACAAAACAAGCACAGCACUAAAACAGGCUGAAUCCAAUAUUCAAAGACUUAAUUCAGAAAUCUUUACAGUUUCAAAGUUCUACAACUCUACGUAUUAUCUUCUCAUAUCUUCACGAGUUCCUGGCGCACACAGUUUCUGUCACGAAUACUCUAAUGAUGCAGGUUGGCUGGCUAUUACUGCAAGUAGAUGGACUUUGAAGGCGCAGUUUGAAGCCUAUAGCCAAGCCAGAGAACUUCAAGAAGUGUUGGAGAAAAGUGUUGGUGCAUCCAUUGUCAAAAAAAAGAAAAAACCUUCGGAUGAACUCAAGGAAAAGCUCAGGGAGGCUUUAAAUACUACACUGGCUUCAGCAGGGGACUCCUGUAAAAGUAAAGAGUGUGUAUUCCCAAAACACAAAGACCCAGCUGCUGGGUUAAAAAACUCGAUAGUCGUUUGGAGAUUGUUAGAUCUGAGCAAUCAACCCUCAGUUUGGAAUUAUUAA